CGACUUCGACCCAGGUAUUGGACUGUGACUUCGAGCCAGGUUUCUGUCAAUGGAGCCAGGUCACAACAGACAAAUUAGACUGGUCAAGAGAAAAAGGGCCAACAUCAACUCCAGGAACGGGUCCGUCUACUGACCACACCUCGGGAGUCGGCUUUUACGCAUACCUGGAGACGUCUAACGGAGCCAGUGGCGAUACUGCCGAACUACGGAGCCCCACAAUGUCUGUUAAUGGUCACCAGUCCUGUCUCCAGUUUUACUACCAUAUGUUCGGUCCUAACGUGGCUGAUCUAUAUGUUUACCGUGUUAAAAACAAUGGGACUGGCUCACGGUCCUCAGUUUGGCAUAAGAAUGGGGACCAGGGUGAUAAAUGGAACCUGGCAACUGUGAAGCUCAGUACUGGAAGUAACUUUGUG